AUGGCUUUGAACCUCGAGAAGCAGCUCGUAUUUUAUGGGGCAUAUCACCAUAAUACGGUGAAUGUUGGAAUCCAUAUGAUCUUCGUACCGAUCAUCCUCAUCACCGCGUUCCAAUUAGCUAUCAAUAUCCCCUUCGAAAUCUCACUACCAGACGCACUCGAGUAUAAAUACCUACCUCUCAACGCCGGAACCCUUGCGUCGAUUGUAUACGGCGUCGGUUAUAUUCUCCUCGAGCCUGUCGUAGGCCUGGUCUCUGUACCGCUCCUGCUAGGUGCUGCCGCCUACAUGAACUACCUGACAGCGACCUACGGAGCGACGGCUACUUACUGGUCGCUUGGAAUCCACGUGGUGUCGUGGAUCGCACAAUUCGUGGGCCACGGUGUCUACGAGGGCCGAUCACCGGCCUUGCUAGAUAACCUUUUCCAAGCUAUCUUCCUGGCCCCUCUGUUUGUUUUCCUGGAGUAUCUCUUCACGUUGGGCUACCGCCCCGAAUUGCAGCGUCGUGUAGAGGCCGGCGUGCAGCAGAAAAUCGCCGAGUUCAAGUCGGGGAAAGAUAAAUAG